CGUGAUGUUCUACGUCUCGGGAAUAUGCAUUCGUCGAACCUCCGCAUAUUGGGUACCGGUGUUCUCGUUCUGGCGGUGAACGCAAUACAUCGGCAUCUGUGUGAUUACUUGAAGGUUAUAGGGACCAUGGCGCUACAGAUGGCGUCUCCUCUAGCGAAGCCACGGAUACCGGAGCGCAUAGAGAGCAAUAUUGCAUGUUACAGAUAUGACAGCGGCCCUGGUGAGGAUGGCGGCCUGCGUAAUAGCGCCCGAACAUGUGUCGGUCACCGUGAGCUGCGAAGGUGUGGCGAAGGGACGGGCUUUGCGAGUCCUUGGACACAGCCAUGAGGCGGGCCCCGCAGAACGGCUACGGGAACAGUCAGACAGACAGAACAGAAUAGAAAACAACAGCAGCCAUACACGACUGCAGUGCGAGGCACUCCUUCAUAUUUCCAUCUUGGCAUCGUCGCUAUCUUC